UAAACACAGAUGCGUCAUUAUUCUCGAUCGCCUCGAAGCAGUAAACAUGGCUCGGAAGUACGGCGUCUUCAUCAAAUUCAUAAAAGCCCUUGCUAAAACGCAAGCGCUUGUGGUGAUCGCUUCCCGGCGCUCAGAGAAAUGGCUCGGCGCAGCAACAGUCCCUCAUCGCCUAUCUGGCCUUCGCACCGUUCCUGGAACGCAGGUUGUUUACGGCAUAUUGACUAGUGCGCAGCAGCUGAUGAAUAUCGGAGAUUAUAAGUCCGAGGAAGACUUCCAGUAUCUGGAACAGAUAGUAAAUCUGACCUAUGGAAACCCACUAGCGAUUCGCCUCCUGGCUCAAGAUGGGCUGUGUCUACUGAAGAGUCCUAAAGAGUACUACUUCGACAUGUUAAGUGGCAAACAUGUCAUGCUGAACCGGUGGGAAGCGAGACGAACGGAGAGCUUGCGCAGCGUUAUGCAACUCGAUGAGAUCGCGGACGAGCUCAUGCCGAAGCGCUUGGGGGAUGGUUUCACACCCGCCGUCUUUGCUUGCUUUCAACAGGUAUUACCAGUGAAUGACCUGGGGAAGUAUGUCCAGCUGUGGAGCAUGGCUACACAAAAGUUCAUGGGCAACACUCCGCAACAAAAGGCUAAGGCCACACUCGAGAUGUUGGAGAACUCUGGAAUGGACAUGGAUGAUAUGAGUGAGAAUAUGAAAAAUAUGGUUCUAUUGAUGCGACUUGUGGCUAGUUCCAGCGAAGAGGAGGUGCCGAAACCAAAAGCAGACUUGGCAAGUAUCAUUAUUGCCUAUGAGGAAAUUGAUUUUCCCGAAGUACCUAUGGUCAGUGAGAUACUGGAGUCCGGCUGCACAAGGUUCGUGUCAAUGUUGGAGGAAGCAGGAUUUCUGGAGAAGUUGCCAGCGAAUACGGCCACGAUCGAAGGGGAUCAGGGUAGGAAAGAUAGGGGCUCCAUGGCUCUACACCCACUGAUCCCCAUACUCAUGAGGGCGCAACCGGGUUAUGAGGAAAACGCACUGAGGAUUGCUGAGUCAAUAAAGCAAGGGUUCGUCCACUACUACUGCUAUCGCACGAAACAGUGGCCCUGGUCCAAAAUCUACUACAGCCCGACCUGGACACAACCUCGGGAAGAGUUGCAUACAGAGUUUGGUAAUUUCGCGGCUGCCACCUUGAUUGGACUGCAGAGCGAUACAUCCGACUCCUUGCAACUAAUGUGCCUGUUUCGACUUGUCAGCGUUAUCCAGCGCGGUGUACUCAAGGACCCAGGACGACUCCGAAUCGUUGCCGUUCUCUGGGAGCUUGCCCUUACCCGUAUUCUCAAAGAAGUAGACACCCUUAAGAUUGAGGCGAAGGAGAAGCCAUCCAAUCUCUUGGCAUCUCUCGAAUCUCUGAUCGGCGGACUCACGUCUUGGACCCAACCCACUCCAGAACCACGGUCCGAGGAAGAAGAAACGGCCGAAAUGGCCAUUUUUGUUCUACGAGGUAUUGCGAUGAACUUGGCUGCCAACCUUGGGGGACACUUCCACCGUCUACAUUCCCCUGAAGCCGCUAAGUUCAUCAAAGUCGCCCAGUCGAUCAUUGACGAUGCCCGGGCGCACCUGCCAGCAAGCAUCCCGCCGGAGCAGAAGGAAAAGAUGAAGCGCGCUUUUCAACACUGCGAAUUCGGUAUCCGACUUGUGCUUAAUCCUCCUAGUAAUGAGCGCGCGAAGAGUGAAGUCUUUAAGGAAAGAAUGGCUUAUCAGCGGCUCAUAUUGGCGGACGAGGGCAGUGAAGAGUAUCCGGAGAACCAGAAAUCGUGGGAGGACAUUCCCGUUGAGAUUUUGUCGUUAUCGGCGCCGUUUGGGCACAUGAUUCCGAUAUAUAGGGAUAUCCGUGCUGCGAUCAAGAGGAAGGACUGGAAAGAAGCAGAAAGAGUUGUGGAUGAGGCCUUUGUGAUGGAGCUGAACGACGCGAGUAAUGAUAUUAUCAACAAAGCGGGUCUUCUACAAAUUAGAAGUGAGAUUGCGCAGGGCCAGGGACAGUGGAAGAAUGCUCUUGAGCAUUUGCAGGAAGCUUGGAGGCUGCAAGAUGGGGUCAGUGGUGGAUAUUUGUCGGAAGAGGAGCAAAAAGAGAGGACGAGGAUGGUAGAGCAGUUGAAGAGGAGAGGUGGGGAAGUUGGGUAGUUUCAUUGAUACUGGGAUAAGGAGAGAGUAAAGAUAGUUACGGUUAGCCUAGGAGCGAGGGCUUCCAAUAAUAUACCAUGAGAUUGCCAUGACAUGGUGGAAAAGAUCACGACAUGGUUUCAUGACCUGUGCUAUGGUGUCCGGGGCAAGUGUUGUAGGUGGAACGUGCUCGGCAUUCACCUCGUAUUUUAGGGCACCAAUCACAACUCUCUUUGUAUGUAUCAAACUGCUCAGUAAAUACUGUUAUUGGUGUCUCGUGAAAACAAGGUGAAAGCUUUGUGUCACGGCCGUGACGGACACGUCAGCGUUAAGAGGCAGGCACGUGGACGGGACCGUAUAUAGAUUACUAGGGUCGAGCCUUAUGCUCGACAAGACGAUACUCAAUACAAAACUUAUUUGCAAU